AUGAAUUGUAGUCAUCGUCAACAUCAAUAUCAAUCCAAUGAUAUUAUCUAUCCAAAAAAGAAUUCUCUACUUAAAUAUGAAUCUCCACGUCUAAUUGUUAGUCAUGAUAUUUCAGAUACAGAUUAUAAAAAAAUUUGUCGAGCAACUCUUUCUCCUUGUUUUCAACCAACAUCACUCUAUGAUACUAAUUUAAAUCUUUUUGAUCCAUAUUCAGAUUUAUGUCGACCUGCAGAUAUACUUGAUUUUCUUUUUCCACCUAUUGAACAUAUUGAUAAAAAUAAUCAUAAAUAUAUUUUAUGUGUAUCACGUCAUCCAGCAACAAAAACAGAUGUUUAUAAUUUAGAAAAACAACUUAAUCGUCGUUUAAAACAAUCUCAAGCUCUUGAAGUUGGUUUAUGUAAUCAUCGUCGUAUUAUAUAUAAUGAAUGUUUUGAUGAACUUGUACGACAAAUAACAAUUGAAUGUAGUGAACGUGGUAUUUUAUUAUCACGUAUUCGUAAUACAUAUCGUCAAAUGAUGAAUGAUUAUUUAAAUAAUUAUUUAAGUGCAAAUGCAUAUGCAAUGAGAACACUUCUUCUUAAUGAAGAAAUUAAAAUUAAAUUAAAUAAUCAAAUUGAUCAUUUACAAUAUGAUAUUGAACAAAUACGAAAACAAUUAAUUAAUACUGAAGAUCAUUUUGAAAAUAUUUUAAAAUUACAUUCAAAAUUUAAAUCAUUAAAUGAAUAUCGAUAUCAAACAAUUAAUAUAAUUAUACCAUUUGAAUUACAACAAUUAAGAACAACAAAUAAAUUAUUAAAACAAGAAUUAGAAAAUAUUUUAUUAAAAAAAUUAAAUAUAAAUCCAUUGGAAAGAAUAAAUAAGAAAAAUGAAGAUGAAUUAGAAAAUAUUAAAUAUGAAUAA